UAAAACAAGAAGAAGAAGAAGAAGAAGAAGAAGAAGAAGAAGAAGAAGAAGAAGAAGAAGAAAAAGAAGAAGAAGAAGAAGUCAGCUGCAGAGUAGUUUGGACAUACCAGGGACGUAAGACGGCAGUGUGAUAUUUUAAUCGGCGUUAAUGCCUUCAUUUUCACGUUAGUAAUAAUGAUUAUAUCGUGUGAAAAUCUACGCUCGGUUGUCUAAGGGAACUUUGAAGCUUUCCCGGGCUAGCUUCCUUUGCUAGUUAGCUUAGCUUGCUAGCUCUGUGAUGUCGACGAUGAAACCGAAAUGGGCAAAAAUGUUCAGUUGUCUGCUCUUUUAACCAGAACAAGUCACGACACAACUUUCGGCCUCAUCUGAAAAAGUAAGAAGUGCCUGGCUAGCUUUUGUGGCAAUGUGCUUUCAACUGUGAAGAAGUAUCCCCUCCUGUGUGCAAACCACUUCGAAGACUCCUGCUUCUCCAACCUGCACCAAUAUAAAGAUGGAUUUUCCGAUGGUAAUGGAGGAGACAAUGAAACGAGAGAUACAACCAGCCAGCAGACUUUUACUGACACAGGCUGCCAGACACAAUCACCAAAGACCUGCUCAGUUGGGACACAGCUUGCCAUAAAGACUCUCCAAGCGCAUGUCAGAAGUAAAGACGUCUGUGAAGAACAUCUUCUACCUGAGCAACAGGAGUGGAGCUUUAGGAUGGAGCAGGAAGAGCCACAACCAUACCACUUCAAAGAGGAAGACCAGGCCCCGCAGACCCCUCACCUUAAAAAGGAAGUGGGGGACCCAUUGAACCUCUACUUUAAAGAGGAAGAUGAGGCACACGGCAUCAGUCAGGAGGGAGAGCAUCUUGAAGGACUGGAGGAGGUUGCUGUCACCAAGAUGCCAUUGACUGGUGUGAUUGUGAAGAGUGAAGAUGAUGAGGUCAAAGGUGAAAGUGAGGACAAGAGAGAGGUGGAGUCUCCAAGCAGCAGCUCAACUCAACACAUGACAACAGAAGCUGAUGGAGACCACUGUGGAGGAUCACAAGCAGACAAGCUCUUAGCUCCACUAUCAGAUAGUGACGACACAACGUCACACUCUCCUGACACUGAUGAUGACGACUCUAAAGCUGAUAAGACAUGUCACACUGACAACACACGCUUUAAAUGUUCUCACUGUGACAAAACUUAUGAUUACCGUUGUCAUCUGAAAAAACACAUGAGAACACACACUGGAGAAAAACCUUUUUCCUGCUCAAUCUGCGGUAAAAAUUUUACUCACAGCCAUCAUUUGAAAAUACACCAGAGAAUACACACUGGAGAAAAACCUUUUUCCUGCUCCGAAUGCGGUAAAAGUUUUGCACGAAAAAGUUGUAUGAAACAACACAUGAGAAUACACACUGGAGAAAAACCUUUUUCCUGCUCAGAAUGCGGUAAAGGUUUCGCACUAAAAAGUGGUUUGAAACAACACAUGCAAACGCACAAUGGAGAAAAAUCAUUUUCUUGUUCAUUCUGCGGUAAAGAUUUUUUGCGACGACAGUAUUUUAAAAUACACCUGAAAAUACACGCUGGAGAAAAAUCAUUUACCUGUUCAAUCUGCGGUAAAACGUUUGUAGAAAGACAGAAUUUAAAAGUACACAUGAGAACACACACAGGUGAGAAAGUGUUGAGUUGCAGUGUGUGUGAUGAAAGAUUCUCUUAUAAGUACCAGUGUAAGAAACACAAGUGUGCUGGUGAGAACAGCAGCAGCAAAUGAAGCUGCAGGGUUUUAAAUCAACUGCCAGAACUUUUAUAACUUUUACAUUCUAGCAACAUUAGCACAUAUAACAUGUGUGACAUUAUUGUUGUGUGUAACACAAUCUUGUAAAUAUGCUUCUUACAUGUUUAGAUGCAUUAAGUAUAGUGCUUUUUCAGUCAAGUACAUGCAUUAAUAUACAACACAGUGUUUCCCAUAAACUGCAAAGAUACCUGUGGCGGUGGGGGCGUGGCUAUGGGCGUGGUCACAUGACAUUAGAACCUUUAUUUAACCAGAUAAGAAAACCCAUUGAGAUCAAGAUCUCUUUCACAAGGGUGACCUGGCCAAGAGGUCAACAGCACAUGUCACAGAGCAGUUUCAAAAUAAAUACAUUAAGACAUACAUUUUAAAAUACAUAAGAGAAGUGUAAAACAACAGAGAUUUACAUCUUUAAAAACACAGGCACUGUGCAAACGUCUCUCGCUGUUUGUCCCUCAGGACAGAACGGAAGGCUCCAAAUGGAAGUAGUUCUGUAAGUUUCAGUUUCGUCUGCAAUUCAUUCCAUGCCAUAGGGGCAGCAAUGCCAAAAGCUCUUUUGCCAAAUUCAGUCCGUACAUGAGGAACAGUUAAAACAUACAAAUUGUUAGAACGUAAUGCGUAAGAGCUGCUUUUUCUUUGUAACAGAGUACACAAGUAUGGAGGUAUUAAACCUAAAAGAGCCUUAUAAAUUAAAGUCAGCCAAUGUGCGUAUCUGCGUGCACUCAAUGAAGAUAAGUCUGACUUCAUAUACAGUUGACAAUGGUGGGUGAGACUACGACAGACAUAAUCGAGUAAUUUGCAUAAUUUACUACAAUGAUAUGAUUUUCUCUAAAAAGGCUCAAAAAAUGUAUACUUACUAAUUAAUAAUAACAGUUUUGUUUUAAACGUCCAUCCAUUCUUUCAUCCAUCCAUUUUACAAUAUAAUUACAACACUUUAUGUACAUAUUUAUAUACAGAUUUGAACAAUAAGUUAUUCACUGAAAUAUAUUAAUUGUGGUUCUUACAAAAAAUAUAUCUUAUAAAAUAUAAAAGCUAAAAUGUCUCUUAAAGCUCUGCCCCUUUAAUUAGUGCAUACUAAAUAAUGUAACUUUAGCCUACUACUACAACCAUAUUAUUUACCAGCAACAUAAAGUGAAACAGAGGCAGAGGUGUCCUGCCACAGUCAGUAACAAAUAAACUGAAAACAGUAGUGGUCAAAUACAAAUAAGGCAACAAGCGAAGUAUCCUACACUUCUCUUUUGUAAAGUAUAUCUGAACAGCCUAUAUGGGCAUCUACAUCAACUAUAUGAUUUGCCUGAGAAGCUGGACAGGACAAAAAAAUAUAUAUAUAUUUUUUUAAAUUUGUGGCGGACGUAAUUCUUUCGUGGCGGGCCGCCACAAAUAAAUGAAUGUGUGGGAAACACUGCAACAUUGUGGACUUUUAUUUAAAAAUUGCCACAAUUUUGACUGAAAAGGUGAGAGUAAACAGUACAAAAUAUGCAUGUUACAUACAAUAAACAUUUAAUGUGUAAGAGCAGGACAGAACAUUAAAGCUUUUUGUUGGCAGCACAACUACCGAGGGUUGAAACAACUUGCUCAUUCAUUUAAUAUGUCUGUAACAUUACCUUUGACAGGCGUUAGGUGUCAUCUGGCCGCGCUACACUCAGGACAAGUCGCCACUUCUUAAAAAAAUUAAAAAAACAAGUCUGUAGUUUAUUGUAAAGCAACGGUGUGACUUUUUGUUUCACACAAAUCACUGUCGUACUGUGCUCCAGUGUGCACCCAUUCGGCGGCUGCAUUGACUUGUAUUAUGAUGCAUUUAAGUUCUAAUAAUGACCUUCGUCAGAUUACUAAGGCCGGUUAUGUCAUCAUGAUGUGUUCAAUGUGGUCAUAGUGGGACAUUUGAAUGAUUGAAACACAAAAAGUAAAUUACUCAAAUAUGUGUUGUUUGUUUUCAUAGCAGUAUAAAUAUGAGACCGUAAUAGCUGACAACAACAAAGUAAAAAAGACUUUAAAAUUUGGGAUAGUUUUACCUGUGACUGUUGCAGGUGCAGAAAGGGAAAGCCUUGCAAGACAUACAAUUGCGAGUCAGCUAAACCGACAAUUGGACUUUCAAUUCAAUUUAUUGUCAUUGUCAAGUUAAGAGCAUUAACACUUCAUACAUUGAUGUAAAGUGCCGCAUGUUCCUAAACCCCAAAAUCCCCAUAAAUAACCGAGUGUAAGCAUUUAACAGAUUAACAAUGGAGCAUUACAUGGAGAUGGUGACGAGAGUGCAGCAAUGCAAAGAUCAGAGCUAUUCUUGGUGAAUGUGGUUGUUGUCCAUGAGUGGGGGUCAAGUGGGAAAAGGGAGACCUCAUCAGCAAAUUUGCUAAAAAAAAAAAAAAAAAAAAGGCAGACGUUGGGCUUUCUGAUGAGACCUUUAGUGAACAAACAAGCCAAAUUAAACUUUAAUUGAGAUUAUUUUAGCUUUUUCUUGUUUUUCAUAUUUCUUUUAUAACAACAUAUUGCCUGUGCUCUUUGUUUUACUUGCACAUUUAACUUAAAUGCAACAUAUUUACCUGUGGACUACUUUGAGCCAGGACACUUUGUUUUUUACAUAUCAGUGCUUGAUUGUUAAAUACAAUAAA